GGGCCAUGCAAAUAGGAUAGGCAAACACUGCCCUUAAGCCACACUGAAGCCUUUGUGAUGCUGCAUGUUCUUUGAGCAGUUAUCAGAAAAACUAACCCAUGUGCAUAUUGAAUUCGGUGCCGAGAAGCCGGACGGAUCAUUUUUCUGCCUGCGAAGUGGUGCAUGUGUAGUGCCUAUGCCAAAGUGGCCCAGAUGAGUGAAGCCAAUAUCAUUAUGGAAGGCAUCCUGCUGAAGAUGUCCCAGCAGAAAAAGAAAAUAUCUCCUAGGAACUAUAAAGAGCGGCUCUUCGUUCUGACCAGCCAGGCCCUGAUUUACUAUGAACAGGAAAAGGGGAAGAAAAAGAGAAAAAAGGGGUCAAUUCGGACAGAAAGUAUCUGCUAUGUGGAAAAAGUUGAGGCAGAGAGGAAUGCGCCUGUAGAAAGAAUGUUCCCCUUUCAGAUCGCAUAUGAUGAAUCCAUCCUGUACAUGUUUGCAAAGGAUGACGCAGAUAGGACGAUCUGGUUGGAGGCUGUGAUGCAAGUAAUAAGGGAUAAUGACAAGCUCUCUGCAAAGUACCACAAAGCAUUCUGGGAAGACGGAAUGUUCCAGUGCUGUGGCCAGACUGUAAAGAAUGCUCCAGGCUGCUGUGACUGGCACAAAGAAUCAAUGAAGCUCAGAGCAACUUCUCGAAAAAUGGCAUUACCUCCUUUGCCAUCUGCAAAGCUCCCAGAGAGAAUUCAACUUCCUCCCAUCCCGGAAGAUGAAGACAGUGCUUGUGUGGAGGUUGUGGCUCUGUAUGACUACACUGCCAGGAAGUCUGGAGAGCUAAGUCUUGUGAAGGGGAACAGAUACGUCUCUCUGGAAAAGCUGUCGGGUGACUGGUGGAAAAUCAGAGACACAGCUGGUUCUGAAGGAGUUGUCCCUUCUAAUUACAUGGAGGAAGUGGAAGGCAACCACAGUUUGAGACGUCUGGUUGAUGACCACAUAGAGGACUAUCCCUGGUAUGUGGGCAACAUGUCUCGAGUGAAGACGGAGCAGCUGCUACGCGAGAAGGGUAAAGAAGGAUCAUUCGUGGUCAGAGACUCCAGUCAAAAAGGAGUAUACACAGUGUCGCUCUUUAGCCGAGCACUAGAUGAAGUGAAAGGGACCGUAAGGCAUUAUCUCAUUAACGUCAAUGCAGAAGGGCUGUAUUACUUGGCAGAGAACCACCUGUUUGAAUCCAUUCCCCAAAUGAUAGAGUACCAUCAACACAACGCGGCAGGCCUGCUUACAAGACUGCGGCUUCCUGCUACAGAAACCGAUCUCACAUCUCAGUCUGCACAGGGUGCGUGGGAGCUGAGACGAGAAGACGUGUGUCUGGUGAAAGAGCUAGGCAGCGGCCAGUUCGGAGUGGUCCAGCUCGGCAUGUGGAAGGGCAAACACCAGGUGGCCAUUAAGAUGGUGAAAGAGGGCUGCAUGUCGUCAGACGAGUUUAUAGAGGAAGCCCAGAUCAUGAUGAAAUUCCGGCAUCCUAAGCUUGUGAGGCUCCACGGUGUGUGUACCGAGUGCUUUCCCAUCUACAUCGUGACAGAGUUCAUGAGUAACGGCUGCCUGCUGGAGUACCUGAGGCAUCAUGGGAAAGAGCUGCGUCCUCGGCGUCUCCUUACCAUGUGCCUGGAUGUGUGUGAGGCGAUGUCUUACCUCGAGGGUCAGCAGUUCAUUCACAGAGAUCUAGCUGCGAGGAACUGUUUGGUAGAUAAAGAUUUAUCUGUCAAAGUGUCUGACUUUGGAAUGGCAAGAUAUGUACUGGAUGAUCAGUACACCAGUUCUGCAGGUACAAAGUUUCCUGUGAAGUGGUCGGCCCCUGAGGUUCUGAACUACACGAGGUUUAGCAGCAAGUCCGAUGUGUGGGCAUUUGGUGUGCUGAUGUGGGAGGUGUACAGUCUGGGCAAGCAGCCCUAUGAGCACUAUGAUAAUGCACGUGUAGCUGAGAGAGUGAUGCAGGGUCAUCGCCUGUAUAGACCCCAGCUGGCCACAGAUCAGAUCUACCAAGUUAUGAAAUCAUGCUGGCAUGAGCUUCCAGAGGAGAGGCCCAGCUUUCAGAAGCUUUUUAAUGAUCUCAGUGCAUGUGUAGAGGACAGUAAACAAUGAUUACACUACAUGAACUUUAUAUUGUGCAUUUGCAAACAUUACUGUAAUAACUUGUAUUUGUAUCUUGUUAUGCGACAAUAAUAAUAAUAAUAAUAAUAAUAAUAAUAAUAAUAAUAAUAAUAAUAAUAACCCUCUUCCUCUGUGUUUCAUGCACAGUAACACCUGAAUGAUUUGUUGAUUUGUUUUGGACAUCCAAAACAGCGAGAAGUAGAGAAUAGUUGUAAUAAAUCAAACCUCUGCAUGCUCCAGAAGUGCACACUACAGAAUGAGUAUCAGUAUUUCUAGAGGCCCACACAUCUAUCGGGUUUAGUGAGCAUGAUAUUUCCUGUUUGCUCAUAGCAACUUAACCACCUCUGUUCACCAGAAUAUCUCACUAAAAUUAGGUGAGGUUUUAGUACUUCAUGUAUUUAUGGGAACGUCGUUGUCUGGUAAAGGUGUUACCAGAUGUUUGCCUCAGUAAAUAAAAGAAAAA